CGAGAAUCACCUGUUUUUUUCUCACCCAAAACACAAUAAAAGAGUUUCGUUCCAAACUCGGAAAGUGACUGUCGAUCGUGAGAGCUUCUUCAACGAUCAACAUUUUGGCUGUCAAUAUGGAAAGCUUUCACCUUAUUGGUUUAAUCUUAGCAGCCUUCGUGAUGACUUUGGAUAUGACGUCUGCAGCUAGUAAAAGAUGUGACGAGGGACCGGGACUAGCUAAGUGUGUGACUCAAUACGUUUCUGGGUUUGCCAGCCCUCAGAACGCAAAAUUGGAUUCAUUGAAACUCCAUUGCAAGCUUGAUCGAGAACUUGCCCUCUGUACAGACAAGGAAUUGGCAACGUGUCCAGGAAAGACGCUCAAGGCACUGGGACGAGCGGUAUUGUCAUACAUCGCUUUUGACAGAAAGCUUGGUGCUUGUCCGAAAUAUGGAUACUGGUCACUUUACCAAAAACUGCUUGAGAAAAAUGUCAAGCGUACUUUUGACGAUGAUGAUGACGAUGACGAUGACGCUUCCCCGGUAGACAAGAAUUCUUGGAAUUACAAGAUAAACACACUCCUGCACGUUUCCAAGUACUCUAGGUGCGCCAAGAGAGUUGAUAUCAGUUGCGUCAGACGUUACGUAGCAAGAAUGAGAAAGGAUCAGAAUCUAUGUGCUAAUAUAGUAUUCAAGCAUGAGUGUCUUCGCGUCAAAACCUGUGAAGCCGGUAUUAUCACGGACCUGCUCAACGUGUUUCCAGAAGAAGCCAAAAAAGUGCUAGCAGUACUUUGUGUAAAGGCCGAGGAUAGUGGCUAAAGUUCGGAAAAUUGACGCAACCAUGGCAAGCAAGUCUGAGCUGGAUAUUUGUGUACAAGUUUGAAUAAAUUGACGAAAUAUGCGCAAGAGGUUAACUACUAUUGAUUUAAUUAGAUCUGACCUGUUAAAUAUCAAUGAAUAAAGGUUUCUAACUUGA